AUGAAGCUCCUUAAGGCCGCAUCCAACCAGUCACGGGCUUUGGAUGCAGUGGCAGCUUUCGUGCUCACCCCCGAUUCAUCUUCCUGCGCGAAAGGCAAAAUGGGGGCUCCUCCUGCUGACACCGUCGAGCAACACAUCGCAAACUUGAAUAGCCUGAGUCUGAACCAGUGUAGCGCACUUGCGAGGCGUACGGAAGCGGAACUUCAAAAUCUAUCAAGUCACCUAUCGCAACUACGGGUGGCCGCAGCUCGCCUCGCGGAGUCUCGCGAGGCGCUGACGCAGCUUGACUCCCACAUGCAAAAGCGAAAGGAGGGGGAAGUAACAGAAGUUCUUGUGCCGCUAACUGGUGCACUCUACGCGAAGGGUCGACUUCAGUGCGACGAUAAGGUUCUAGUGGAUAUCGGAGCAGGAUACAUGCUACAAAAGACAUGCAAAGAUGCCAAGAGAGAUGGAGAGAGGACAUUGAAUCUCGUGUCUGAGCAACAGGGGAAGCUAGAGAAAAUGCUGAGUGAGAAACAGAAGCAGCUAGAGGUGCUUGUGGCUACGCUGAACCAGAAGGUAUUGGAGAAGCAAGCAUCUGCUCAGGCAUCGGCUGCUGCUGAAAAGCGCACUGUAGCAUAA